AUGGAGAAGGAAGAACCGAAACAGACGGACCUAUCGGAGAAGAUGAAUUAUUCACAUUUUUUUUUUCUUUUUUUUUUUGGAAAUUCGCAGUUCAAUACAUUGCAGGUGAAGGCUCUUAUAAAGGAGCCAGAAGAAGAAACAAAGGAUUUUUACUUUCAGCAGACAAUGAUUCGUAUUAAAGACCCUAGAAAAUCGCUUCCUUUUUAUUGCAACGUACUCGGAAUGAGGCUUUUAAAACAACUGGAUUUCCCUCAAGGGAAGUUCUCAUUGUUUUUCGUUGGAUAUAAGUCUCCCGAUGAGAUACCGACUGGAGAGGACGACAAGAAGCUUUUUGCACUUUCAACGCCUGGCACAUUAGAACUUACUCAUAAUUGGGGAACCGAGAACGACCCGAAUUUCAGCUACCACAAUGGUAAUAAGGACCCACGUGGUUAUGGUCACAUUGGGAUUGCUGUUAGAGACGUUUACAGCGCUUCAAAACGUUUUGAAAAAUACGGUGUAAAAUUUGUGAAGAAACCAGACGAUGGGAGAAUGAAGGGUCUUGCAUUCAUUGAGGACCCAGAUGGAUAUUGGAUUGAAAUAUUUUGUCCUAAAACAAUAUAA